AUAUUUCGCAGUGAGUUGCAACUUGCAAGCCACCACCGUUAGAUUGUUUACCUGGUGAAAUUUUCUGAAUCUGCAUAGACAUCGUGAAAACAGCUGAGAAUAUUCAAAUUAUCUAUCAUCUCCUUCCGAACUUGUCGGUCAGUUCGUGACUUGAAUUCGUGACUGCUCUUGCUCUCGUACUUAGCAACAUGGCGAAGGUUGAGGAAAAGGGCAAGAUUCCCAACGGAAUUAAAUUCUUGUUUGGAGGAUUGGCUGGAAUGGGAGCCACGUGUUUUGUUCAACCUCUGGACCUGGUAAAGAACAGGAUGCAGGUGGCCACUAGCAAAGAGCACAAGACCAGCCUUCAUGUUAUCAAACACAUAGUCAAGACUGAGGGAGCCAUGGCCAUGUAUUCAGGACUCUCUGCUGGACUGCUCAGACAAGCCACUUAUACCACUACACGUCUUGGAAUCUAUACAUGGCUUUUUGAAAAAGCAUCAGGGCCUUCUGGAGAGCCUCCAAAUUUUGUCACAAAGGCUGGCCUAGGCAUGGUGGCAGGUGUUGUUGGCUCAUUUGUUGGCACCCCAGCUGAAGUGUCACUUAUCCGCAUGACAUCUGAUGGACGUUUGCCCCCUGCGGAGCGUCGUAACUACAAGAACGUCGUAGACGCGUUGGUGCGCAUCGUGUCUGAAGAAGGGCUCUUCACGCUGUGGCGUGGCGCCGUGCCUACCAUGGGACGCGCCAUGGUCGUCAACGCAGCCCAGCUCGCCUCGUACUCUCAAGCAAAACAGAGCCUCCUGCAAACUGGUUACUUCUCUGAAAACAUAUUUCUGCACUUCUGCGCCUCCAUGAUCUCUGGGCUUGUAACUACUGCAGCAUCCAUGCCUGUGGAUAUUGCCAAAACCAGGAUCCAGAACAUGAAGAUGAUCGACGGAAAACCUGAGUACAAAGGAGCAGUGGAUGUACUCACGAAGGUUGUGAAGAAAGAAGGGUUCUUUUCGUUAUGGAAGGGCUUUACCCCGUACUACAUGCGGCUCGGGCCUCACACUGUCCUAACCUUCAUCUUCCUCGAGCAAAUGAAUAAAUUCUAUAAACGAGUCGUGCUGGGAGAAGCCGAUGCUGCAGGUGGCGGGCUCUGAGAGGUGUGUUGUGUGUACAAUAAAGCUAAAGUGCCACUCUGACGAAACUUCAUGUUUUUUCUAGUAUCAAUCGCGAACGCUGGUUGUUAUUAUGACUUAUCUGUAAUUUUGUUCUAAAAGGAGCCAGUAAAUUUGUUCUGAAAGGAGCCAAUGUUCGAUGGUUUUGGCCUAUAAUUUAGUUCAGUGGCAAAUAAAGGCACGAUUUGAUGCUUCUUGGACUAAUAUGGGUUCGCUCAGGGGGAAUUUUGAGCGAAUCAGUCGGCAAUUAUUUUCUUAAAUAUGAAUGUAUUAUUUUGUCAUUGCGUAAUCGAAGAUGUACCGAGCUCAAAUUAUAUGAAGUUGUUGAAAGCUUUUUGACGACUGAGGACAGCAUUUAAAUUAACCGUGCAGGUUAGCUGCGUACUCACUGUUAGCCCAAUGUUGUGUUGUUGCUAGGCUAGGUAUUAUUAUUUAGCAUUAGUAAAAGCUGAUGCAAUUAUUAUUUUUUUAGAGUACCUGGGCCAUUGUUGAUUAAAUUGUGUACUUAGUGAUGACGACUUCGAACCUCACCUGAUCUGAAAGGUAAAGGUUAUGUUUUCAGUUGUGUUACGCUCUGAAAUGUACAGAAAUAUUUGUUCUACCUAUUUUUUAACGGCCGAACUACUUGCCUCAACAUUUAUGUCAACAUUUCCUAAUCAUUUAUUUAUUCAUAUCGUGAUAUUCUCAAAAAUAAAUUUCUGACUUAUACUCAUCGAGAUGGCUUGCCUCACGGAGUUAUAAUGAAUGAUUUUCUAGUUAAUGUAAAGAAAAAAUUGCAAAUUCCCAUGAUCCUAAGAAGUCCGUGGCUGAAGUCGUGCCAAUAACCUUCCAUGACUCUUAAGAUGUCGAAAGCUGAGACGCCGCGUCACAAACGCCGACAUGAUUAAACUUUUUUUGCUAAGUACUUAAGUGCGUCAAAAUUAUAUAUCUGUCUGCAUUCAUGGAUAUUGACCUGUGUUAAUCACUACUCGCUCUAGUCAACGUAUCUCUCCUUGCAAUAAUUCGAUCAUGUGUUAGUUGAUCUAUUUCGUCGUCGCAUCUGAGUCUUCCCUAAUGUUACAAUUGUAUGUGUGAACGAAAUAUAUCAUGUUUAUUCGUUAACUUAUGACCAUCAUGCUGGUUCCAUUAAAUAUUUUUGGGCCCUGGGGAAAACGUUUUGUUAGCUAAUAAUAGUUAAAAAAUUUAUUUUGAUUUGUUGAAAUAUAGAUGUUAGAUGAAAAUUUGAAACUCACUUUGUGCAUUGGAUUGUAUCGCUCAAAUGGUCACCGCUGAAUAUGCGUCACGCUCCAUUGUGAUUAGCGUUGUUGAGCAAUCUUCCUUAAGUGAAGUCUUUGCUCCUGUCCGUUUUCUAUUCAUUUACUCUUCCCAGAUUAGGAUUUGGCAGUUAAGAUGUCAUAUUUUGACUAAAAGACUCGCAUUUUCGUGCACUCUUUGUUGUAGUAUGCAAAUUAUCUGACCAGUAGCAGCAGUGAGUUUUGAAAUCAAUGGAGUUAUACCCUAAUAGCCGGACAUGUGCUAGUUUCACUCGCAUAGUUGUACAUAUAUUUCGGUCGUGUUACAAAGCAGUUCAUAGGGGACAGGAUUCUUGAAAUACUUACGACGAUCUGACAGUCGGGUGCAACGGUUGUUAUUUGCUUGUGUGAAGACCUAAUCGUAACGAUCUCUGAGAAUCCGUCCUCUAGGUCAGGUAAAGGGUUUGUGUAUAUUAAAAUAAAUAUGACAUGGUUAUA